AUGGCCGUGUUGAACUCUAACCCCGAGGUGCUUUUGCGUAAGAGAAAGGAUGCCGACAGAAAGAGAUUGGAAAAACAAGAGCAGGCCAGAGAGAAGUUGGUGAAGCAGAAAACCUUGAGAAAGAAGGUAGCCCAGAACAAAUUCAUCAGAGCAGAGACCUUGGUGAGUAACCACAAGUCCAACGAGUUGGAAAAGAAGAGAAUCAGAAACUUGACUAAGAAGACCGCUAGAAGUAGAAUCUCUGCCAGCAGUGAAGAUGCAGAGGAAGAAGAAGAAGAUUCAGAAUACAGAUUGUUGUUCAUAAUAAGAGUACCAAACCAUACUAAAGGCGUGAAGAUUCCCAGCAAAGCCAACAAGGUGUUGAAUGUUUUGAAAUUAACCCAAGUUAACACUGGUGUAUUUGUUAGAGCCAACAACCUGACUUAUGCCUUAUUGAACUUGAUUGCCCCCUACGUUAUUGUUGGUAAGCCUACGUUGAGCUCGAUUCGAAAGUUAUUCCAAAAGAGAGCCUGUAUUUUAACCUACGAUGAAUCAGAAGAAACUACCACUGAACAGGGCAAGAUUGCCAAAGUCACCAAAUUGGACAACAACCAGUUGGUUGAGGACAAGUUUGGCGACUCUCUCGGGUUGAUCUGUAUCGAGGACUUGAUUCAUGAAAUAACAAACCUCAGCGACAACUUCAUUUCCAUAACAUCUUGGUUGUUGCCUUUUAAGUUGAACCAACCAGUCAACGGUUGGGGUCCACAGGCCAAGUUGGCCAAGUUAAUUCACUCGGAAGAGAACAAAAAGAGCAUCAGUUUGAGUCAAGACUUCAAGUUACAGGAAGUAGAAGACAUAGACAGUAUCAUCGACCAACAGAACUAG